UUCCUAGUCGGCUGCCGCACGGUCUCCAUCUCGAAGGAGCUAAUGUGCUGAUGAUGACUAAGGACAAGAUGCCGAUGAGCCAGAGGAUUAUAAACCACGCUCUCGAGAUCAUCUGCCUCCUGACUGGAGAGGUCUCUCUCUUGAAAUGUCUUCCCAAGAUAAGAAUUUGGAACGAAUUGAACAAUGACUGUCUGCAGAUAAAUAAGAUGAUUGUGAAACAUGCCCAGGAAAUCAUCUACUUGGUGACUGGAGAGAUGCCGGCAAAGUGCGGUGACGUUGCUGUGUAUUUCUCAGCGGAGGAAUGGGAGCAUAUAGAAAACCACAAAGAACGCUACAAGGACGUGAUGGCUGGGGAUCACCAGACCCCGGAUAUGCUGAGAAUACCGACAAACCGAAGUCCAGAAUCGAGUGAUCCGGUUGAGAAUAACGAUCAGAAAUUUGACAUCGCUUUAGACCUUCGAACAGGUACAAGGGAUGCUGCUACAAAUGAUGAUCAAACAGAAGAAAUCGGUCAACUGGAAGCCCAGGAUCAAGACAUUAAAGAAAAUUGCGACACAGGUCGUCGCUUCCCUGAAGAUGGAUCCGUAAUCAGAGUUGUGUUGGAAGACUACGACGCGUCGGCCUAUUCCGCAGAUGGGAUGGUGGAAGACGACAUCGGAAUGAUUGUAAUGUCCCAAGGGGAAGAUUCUGAAGCCAUCUCACCUUAUGGAUCCGUCUCGUACGACCCGGGGGAUCUCUCAUCUAUGGAAAUGUUCUACCCGUGUGAGGAGAAGCCGUUUACCGAGCUCUUUUACGACAGCAGGGAGAACGCCGAAGAAAACAUCCCGGUAGUUAAGAAGAAAACGGGGAGAAAAAACAGCUUUAAGAGAAAACUAGCUCUUGCCCAUCAACAAACUCCAAACAGGGUCGACAAGCCCCACAGCUGUGAUGAAUGCGGCAAACAGUUUGAGUAUAAAUGUCGUCUUUUGGUACAUAAAAAUACUCACACCAACCAGAAACCUCAUCAUUGCUACGAGUGCGGUGACAUCUUUAUGUCUAAGUCCAGGCUUUUGGCACACCAGCGGUCGCACACCGGAGACAAACCCUUCGUCUGCGGCGAAUGCGGCAAACAGUUUGAUUAUAAGUGUCGCCUCAUCGUGCACCAAGCAACGCACACCGGGGCGAAGCCCCACAACUGCAUUCUGUGCGGGAAACAGUUCGCGUCCAAAACGAGCCUCCUGGAACACCGGCGCACGCACACUGGGGAGAAACCGUUCGUGUGCAACGAGUGCGGCAAGCAGUUCGCGUACCAGUGCCGUCUCCUCGUGCACCGCCGGACGCACACCGGCGAGAAGCCCCACAUCUGCGGUCAGUGCGGCAAGCAGUUCGCCUCCAAAGCCAAUCUCAUCAUACAUCACAGAACGCACACGGGCGAAAAACCCUACACGUGUAUGGAGUGCGGGAAGCGGUACAUCUCGAAGUCCUACCUCUCGGAGCACCUGAAGGUCCACAGCAGCGAGAAGCCGUAUCCGUGUUCGGACUGCGGGAAACAUUUUAAUUCCGAGUCGACGCUCGACAUACACCGGAGGAAGCACACGGGGGAAAAGGCUUUUAAAUGCAACGAGUGCGGGAAACUCUUCACCUAUAAAUGCCGGCUUCUCGUUCAUCUGAGGACGCACACCGGGGAGAAGACUCACAAGUGCAACGAGUGCGGCAAACUCUUUGCUUCCAAAUACAAUCUGAUUUCCCAUCAGAAACUGCACGACCGGGCAAAGAUCUACAAGCGCAAGGGCUAUCGGAAACUCUUCGUCUCCGAGUCCGGCUUUCACAAACGCGCUCUUACGUACAAUUAAGAAGAAAAAAAAAACCUCGUCGGCGUAAAGAAUGCCUUCGAAAUCUCAUUUUGCUAUAAUUCCUCACGAUAUCCCACUUUAAUCAAAGCAAACAAUGCAAAAGCACUUUCUCUUAAAAAGAAACCGAUUUAAAGACAAAUCAAACUAGGAAUAUUCUGCCUGUACUAUGUUCGUGGUGUUAGCAGGGGGUGUUGGUGCGCUAUUUUCUGAGCACUUAUUUAUUUUACUUUUUUAAAUUCUUUUCGUUUUAUUAAAUUGACGUGCUUCUCACCUUA